GCGCGGGCGCUGCUGGGAGGCGGAAGGGGCCGCAGGCAUGGCGGCGGCCAUGCCGCUCGCUGUGCUGUUGCUCUUGCUGGUAGGACAGGCUUGCUGGGCCAACGCAGAGCGCCCACGCGACAGCCUGCGAGAGGAGCUCGUUAUCACCCCGCUGCCUUCCGGCGAUGUGGCCGCCACAUUCCAGUUUCGCACACGUUGGGACUCGGAUCUGCAGCGAGAAGGAGUGUCUCAUUACAGGCUCUUCCCCAAAGCCCUUGGACAGUUGAUCUCCAAGUAUUCUCUGAGGGAGCUACACCUGUCAUUCACGCAAGGCUUUUGGAGGACCCGAUAUUGGGGGCCACCCUUCCUUCAGGCUCCAUCAGGUGCAGAGCUCUGGGUCUGGUUCCAAGACACUGUCACAGAUGUGGAUAAAUCUUGGAAGGAGCUCAGUAAUGUCCUCUCAGGGAUCUUUUGCGCAUCCCUCAACUUCAUUGACUCCACCAAUACUGUCACUCCUACCGCCUCCUUCAAACCUCUGGGACUGGCCAAUGACACUGAUCACUACUUCCUGCGCUAUGCGGUGCUACCUCGGGAGGUCGUCUGCACUGAAAACCUCACCCCAUGGAAGAAGCUCUUGCCAUGUAGUUCCAAGGCAGGUCUCUCCGUGCUACUGAAGGCAGAUCGUCUGUUCCAUACCAGUUACCACUCCCAGGCAGUGCACAUCCGUCCGAUCUGUAGAAAUGCUCAUUGCACCAGCAUCUCUUGGGAGCUGCGGCAGACCCUUUCGGUUGUUUUUGAUGCCUUUAUCACGGGACAGGGGAAGAAGGACUGGUCCCUCUUUCGCAUGUUCUCCCGGACUCUCACAGAGGCCUGCCCACUGGCAUCGCAGAGCCUGGUGUAUGUGGACAUCACAGGCUACAGCCAGGACAACGAAACACUGGAGGUGAGCCCUCCCCCGACUUCCACAUACCAGGAUGUCAUUUUGGGCACCAAGAAGACCUAUGCCGUCUAUGACUUGUUUGACACAGCCAUGAUCAAUAACUCCCGCAACCUCAACCUCCAGCUCAAAUGGAAGAGACCCCCAGAUAAUGAGGCCCUACCUGUGCCCUUCCUGCAUGCGCAGCGGUAUGUGAGUGGCUACGGGCUACAGAAGGGCGAGCUGAGUACAUUGCUGUACAACUCCCAUCCUUACCGGGCCUUCCCCGUGCUGCUGCUGGACACUGUGCCCUGGUACCUGCGGCUGUAUGUGCACACUCUCACCAUCACCUCCAAGGGCAAGGAGAACAAACCAAGUUACAUCCACUACCAACCCGCCCAGGACCGGCAGCAGCCCCACCUCCUGGAGAUGCUCAUUCAGCUGCCGGCCAACUCUGUCACCAAGGUCUCCAUCCAGUUUGAGCGGGCCCUGCUCAAGUGGACCGAGUACACACCAGACCCCAACCACGGCUUCUAUGUCAGCCCAUCUGUCCUCAGUGCCCUUGUGCCCAGUGUGGUGGCAGCCAAACCAGUGGACUGGGAAGGGAGCCCUCUUUUCAAUACUCUGUUCCCUGUGUCUGAUGGCUCCAGCUACUUCGUACGACUGUACACAGAGCCCUUGCUGGUAAACCUGCCUACACCUGACUUCAGCAUGCCCUACAAUGUGAUCUGCCUUACGUGCACUGUGGUGGCCGUGUGCUACGGCUCCUUCUACAAUCUCCUCACCCGAACCUUUCACAUUGAAGAGCCCAAAUCAGGCGGCCUGGCCAAGCGGCUGGCCAACCUCAUCCGACGGGCCCGUGGCGUCCCUCCUCUCUAAGACUCCAGUACAACCUUUUCCCAGCAGCUACAGCUGCAUCUCCCCACCCCACAAGGGAGCCCGGGCAGGCCUCUUUCUGCCACUCUGUCCCCAGAGUUAGUUUUUGAAACAAACUCUUCCUGGGCCUGGCCAGGCCUUAGACACGUUUCCAGUGUGGUAGCCUCCAGCUAGAUCUCAUUUCCCUUCUUCCCUCCCCUAGCCACGAGAAGUGGCUAGUGCUGCUGUAUACUGGACAGCCCAGAGAGAUGUUUUCAUCACUGCAGGACGUUCUGAUGGCCCGGGUAAUGAUGUGCAGAAGAGCUGUGAUGCUGUGUGUGGGCUGUGUUUACUGUUGUAAUAAAGUGGCUGUCCUCCUA